CGAGGGGACUUGCAAGUCAGUCAACGGCCUCCCGCUCCAGUGAGCUGAGCUUCUGCAUCUAGCUCUCGGCCCUCUCCGUCGCCGUGCUCGCCGAUCUGCUGCUAUCACCACCGGAGAUGGGCAUCAAGGCGGUCGGAUGCCAUGGCCUGAGCUGAGCUUCUCUGCUGCCACUCGUGCAUAGUGCCAUGGCAACGGCAGUGACAACGUCCUCCUCCACUGCACGCCGGGCCUCCGGUUGCACCGUAUCAGACAGAAUCAUGGCGCGUUCAACAGAUGGGAAUACGUACAAGUUAGUGCUGACGAUCUAGUGCUGACGACGGAAGAAAAUUGGGUGCGGCGCGGAUGCAAAGCGCAUCCGGUGCACACCCAACCCGCGGGGCCGACACGUGGAGCGUGAAUAAAUCCGACGGACCGACGGAAGGCAAAGCGUGUCUGGGAAGGCAGGCGUCCAGCGGCUCGUCGCGCUCGGCUCGGCUCUGGGAACCGCGUAAUCGUUCGCUCGUUAACCUUCCCGUUGCUAUCAAUCACCCAACCACGGGCCUCUAUCCUUCUCAAAACGUUGAAUCCUAGCAGGUUAACGGCCCCUCCGCCUCAAGAACCUCCUAGGCCGACCACCAUGCUCACUGAAGCUCUCGCCGCCGCCUUCGCCGACCUGUGGGCGGCGAUCACCGCCAUCCAGCUCUACUACUCCAUCAACCUGCAGCCGGGCGCGGGUGCUACGACAACGGCAACAUCCGCCGAUCAAACCGCGGCGUCCGUCGGCGACUUCCAGAUCUUCCUGACGCUGGUCGCGGCGGGGGGCCUCUACGCCGCGGUGGCGCUCGUUUACCGCAGCCUUCAUCAAGCCGAAGCCGCGGGCGCGGGCGGCGGCGACCGGCGCCCGUCGGACCUCGUGGCCUUCAUCUUCGCAGCGGCUGGCGUCCUCGAGUACUUCCUGUUCGUCGAUGAUGUCGGCGCGCUCGGUCUCGCUGCUGCCCGUGUCCUUCCUGCAGCGUCGAUUGGGACCUUCUUUCUGGGGAUGGUGCUGAUAAUCCUCGUGCACAUCCGCGCCGGCGGCGAGGGAGGAUGCGGUGCCGUCGUGGGAGACGGGCCGAUCCAGGCGCCCGUGUGGAUCAUCACCAAGAUGGCGUUCGCCGCGGCGGCAGGACUCGUCGCCUUGAUGGCGAUUGCGUUGUGCCCCAAAUACUAAAGCAAGCUGGAAGAUGUACUGGUUGGGUUUGGGUAUUAUCAAAGAUGCAUCCCGGGUGCCGGCAUUGUCGUCUACGGAGCUGUGUGUUAACUACUUUACAUCGCUACAAUACAUUUUGUUGUGUGUAUGUUAUAUUAUGAAUGUACUGAAUAUUUUUAUGCUGCUUGCUUGUGACUACGGAAGUAGAGUCAGGGAUGAUACUUUGAGCUUAUAUAUGUGGCUUUUAUGACUGGAAUUUGUCUAUGAUUUUAUCACCAUUUCGAACUAUCGGAUAUGUGAAUGUGUGCUUGGUUAAUGUGAUGCAA